CCUCUAGUCACGUUCUCUCCCCUCCGCUUCCUCCUGACACACCCCACCCACCUCCCUCGACUUCGAUCUAGAUCAGGAAGCCCCGGCCGCAUAUUCCCCCGCCGCCCAUGCCUCACCCCCCUCUCGUCGCCGCCGGCAACCUCCGCUGCCGCCUACUCCUCUCCUCGCUGCUCGCCUCCUCCCGCACCCGCCGCUUCCUCCCCCGCGCCAUGGAGUCCUCCUCCUCCACCGCCGCCGCCGCUGCGGAGCACGCAGGUGGCGCGGCGGCGGGGGAGUACGAGGAGGUGCUGGCCCGGCUCUCCUCGCUCAUCACGCAGAAGGUGCACGCGGACACCGGCAACCGCGGCAACCAGUGGGACCUCAUGGGCCGCUACCUCCAGAUUCUGGAGCUGGAGGAGCCCAUCGCGCAGAUGAAGGUCAUCCAUGUCGCCGGCACCAAAGGUCAUCCAUGUCGCGCGGCCCGAUCGGGAAGCUCCGAUUCGUCUACCCACCAGUCAGGUACGCCCUCUCUGCUCCGCCCCGAUUCACCCCUUGCAUCAGUACGACGAUGCCCUAGGAGCAAGGGCUCUUGCCCAUGGAUCCUUCCGCACCCCCAGUCCCGAUCCCGUGUAUGGCGUAGAAAUCCCUCUGCCCGUCUGCCGUAGCCGAGCUCCGCGGUUGGUCGCUUGGUAUUUUUGAAGGGGGGGAUGAAGGUUUCAGUUGAUAGAUGAUUUAUUUCUCGUCUUAUGAUUCAAUUGCAACAAGUUCCGUAGACAGUUAAUUGAUGAUCCUCAUCCUGUGUAGCUCGCACUCCAUAGCAGGGAAGGGGGAAGUAAAUUCAACUGAGUCCAGCACCUGAAAUCGUGUAUCUACCACUACCAGGUUUCAUUUUGGCAGAUGUGAAUAAUAUAAAAUCCAUGAAAUUCAGUCCAAGAAUCUGGUCAUGUUCUGCACAGAGUGCAGACACUAAGCAGCCACGGAAGAAUUCCAUGUGCUAUUAUGACUAUAUAUACACCAAAUCUUGUAACCUCUGGAUAGUGCAGCUUAGUUUUAGUACGUCGGCUGCAUCAGACUUCCAGUAAGCACUGCCACGAUAAAUGAAUUGCGUUGUGUGUCUUUGAAAUACUUCUGCAGAGCGAUGCAUAUAGGUUUUUCCGUUUCAAGCUACAUGUGUUGCAUUGAAAGGGAGCUCUCUUUCCUGCACGCAGCUCAGGCAAAACAAAUAAACAACGGAGUUAAGCAGGGUCUACACUGUUGCGUUUGUUUCUUAAAAAAAUUACCUGAGAUAUCUAACACAUAUCUGUAGAGAAUAGUUUUGCAACAGCAGUCUUCUUGUUUCGAACGGUUUUAGUUUGAAUGGAUCUCCCUCUGUCUCUGUUUCUGGGAUCAGUACAUCAUUGUCACUCCCUGGCAAGUCCCAGCACCAGGUAGACAGGCCUUUUGAGAGAGACAGAGGUGAUUGUUCAGGCCCGAUGUUCUAGUGCUUGCUAGAGUGCUUUGUAUGGCCAAAGGAUGCCUCAGUAGGCCGUCUUGUGAUGUACAGGCAGUAUCUGGUUCAGAUGGGGAAGCUACUCCUGGUAACCCCUAUUUUUCCUUCUUGCUGUGGCAGAAAUAAUCAAUAGCCGCAAAGCUACUGAAUGCCAGACUGUAUAAGCACCAGAGGGGACUCAGAUUGUGGUAUAACACAAAUCUCUACAUCUUCAAACUGUCCCCGUAAUGCCCAGUUCGAAAUCGUACAUACUGUAUUUUCAAGUGGUGCCCACAUGUAGUAACAUUAUUUUCACAUCUGUCCCCUGCGUUGAAUUUGAUACCGGCAAUGAACCAGUCACUUGUCUCUCGAGUUGUCAGAGGGACGUUUUUCAUGUUCCGCAUCUUGGAUUGGUAACUACAUGUAUAACAUUUUCCACAUUUUUGUCCUGCAGCAGUAGCAACCUAGUCGUCGUCGUCGAUGGCAGGGUUGUAACCUCACUGUCACGCUAAUGGACGCAAAAAAGAAGAGUGGUAGUACUAUCAAUGGUUCAGUCAGCGUCUCAACAGCGUCUGCACUACUUCUGAUAUUGUUUUUCAGUAGCUUUUUUCUGCACCUUUUUCUUUCAGUUCUUAGUGCUGCUGCCCCACGAACACUUUUUUUUUAAUUUGACUGUACAGUCAAAUGAAGCCUUUGUUAAGUAUACACUCCAAAAUUCAGUUAACAGUAGCCUAACUGAAUUUUCUGUUUCUGAAUUUAUAAACUCACUUUAUAUUCAGUUUAUAAAUUAACAGUAGCUUCAAAAUUAAGUAUCUUUCGCAUGGAUCAACUGUUGUUUUAUUUUGUGGAGGAUAAAGUUCAGAUCAUGAAUAAUGGCAUUACAAGUCAACUUGGCACAAUUCCACAUGUCCUGAACCUCAUAGAAUCUGACACUAGCAAGUCUUCAUUGGCAUGCAAGUACUACUUUUACAUUGUCUUGACAGGAACAAUUAAUUUGACAUGUAUCAUUGGUACUGCUAAAACAUUUCUUUCAUGUUUCAACAAAUUUGGUGAAGACCACUUCAUAUGUAUUUUGCAUAUAUGAAUUAUCUCCUGUUGCUUUCUAAGAUGUUAGUUCUUUCAGUUCUAGCCCUCCUAUCUUUAAUUCCUGGCUGCUGGACUACCUGCAGGACAACGAGUUCAUUUGCGACAGCUACCGCUGUGAGCAGUCCGUCCGCAACGCGCUCCGCAGCGUCUUCGCCGGGCACAACGAGAUCCUCAACGUCUGGAACUAAGUCGCCGGCCAUCUGUUUCCUGUUGAAUUUUCUUUCUAGCUCAAUGUGAUCGGAUCUGACUCAUACGUUCAGAUUUGCUCUUGUUUUCUUUUCAAAUAGUACUAGUAGUCUAUAUUCCAGUUGUGCGACUACCUCUAGCCACUUGAACCGAUGAGAAUUCUUCAAGCCUACUUAUAGCCACUUGAACAGAUGUCUAUCUCAAAUCUGCUCAUCUAAAAAAUCCUAGUGGAGUAGUAUACUGGUAGUAUAGUAUAAUAAUAUUAUCAAAAGGUAAAUGCCCUGAUUA